GGGGGGGGGGGCGCGCGCCCUCGCGCGGGGCGGACCGGAGCGAACGCGCCGCCCGGGCCGGAGCGAACGCGCCGCUUCGCUACAUUGUAUCCGCCGGCGGCGCGAGAACAAUAGGCGCCGCCGCCGCCGCCCGCCGGCCCCAGGGCGCCGCGGCCGCCGCCCGCCGCCGCGCCAGGCUGCAGCCGCCCGCCGCGCCCCCCCCGCAGCCCCCGCCGCCGCCGCGCCCGCGGACUUUCAUGCGCUUCCCCUCCCCCGCGCCCGCACUUUGGAUGCGUUUCUGCCCCGGAACAGGGCUGCCGCUGUCGAGUCUGCGGGAGUAUGAAUCAGCAGCAGCAGAGAAUGGCUGCAGUCGGGACGGACAAAGAGCUCAGUGACCUGCUGGACUUCAGCAUGAUGUUUCCCCUGCCAGUGGCUAAUGGAAAAAACAGACCCACGACCCUAGCGAGCACUCAGUUUGGAGGAUCAGGUUUGGAUGAAAGACCGGGAUCAGGUUCCUGGGGAACGGGAGAUCAAAACAGCUCCACAUUUGACCAAGGAAGGCAGAACUAUGGUGAAGGCCCCCAUUACGGAGAGCACCGGGACCUGCCAUCUCACAACAGCAUAUCUUCAUCACCAUUCCUGGGACCUGGACUAGUGGGGAAGAGCAGUGAAAGAGCCUCUUACUCCACGUUUGGAAGAGACACGGGGAUGCCGGGACUAAAUCAGACUGGUUUCCUGCCCGGCGAAAUGGGAAUCGCGAGUCCGAGCACGCUUUCCCCCACCGGGGUGAAAGGGGGGUCUCAGUAUUUUUCUUACCCCAACAAUCCUCGCAGGAGAGGUGCCGAGAGCAGCAUAGAUGGACAGCCCAAAAAGGUUCGGAAGGUGCCUCCUGGACUCCCCUCCUCGGUGUAUCCAUCCAACUCAGGUGAUGACUACAGCAGGGAUCCAGCUGGAUAUACUCCCUCUAAACCUCCCAGCACUGUGUAUCCCGGAGCCUUCUACAUGGCAGAUGGACUUCACAACUCGCCAGACCUGUGGAGUUCAGCCGGUGCCAUGAGCCAGUCGAGUUACGGUGCCAUGUUAGGCAGCUCCUCCUCCCCGCUCCCGCAGUCCGGUGGCUUCAACAGUUUACAUCAGCACGAACGAAUGAACUACCAGAUGCAUUCAGGAGAAGUGAACGGCGGGCUCCCCUCCGUGUCCGGCUUUUCCUCUGCCUCCACCCCGUAUGGCGUCUCCAGCCAUACGCCCCCGAUCAGCGGGACGGACAGCAUGAUGGGGAACCGAGGAACCACGGCUGGGAGCUCGGGAGACGCGCUCGGGAAGGCACUAGCUUCAAUUUAUUCCCCAGAUCACUCUAGCAAUAACUUCUCCUCAAACCCCUCUACACCGGUCGGCUCCCCUCAGGGGCUUGCAGGCACAUCCCAGUGGUCGCGAGCGAGCGGACAGGGUGCCUUAUCUCCCAGCUACGAAGGGAGCCUCCACACUUUACAAAACAAAAUGGAAGACAGGUUGGAUGAAGCCAUCCACGUGCUGAGGAAUCACGCCGUGGGCCAGACCGCCGCCAUGCCGAGCAACCACGGGGACAUGCACGGCCUGCUGGGCUCGGCGCCCGCUCACAGCGCUGCCGUGGGCGGCCUGGGCCAGGCCUUCCCCACCUCGGUCAUGUCCCUGGGGAACAGGCAUCCGAGUCUGGUGGGAGGAGGUCACCCCGAAGACGGGUUGUCCAGCAACCCCAGCAUGCUCCACAACCAUGUCACACUUCCGUCACAGCCCAGUUCACUCCCUGACCUCAACAGGCAGCAAGACACGUACAGCGGCUUGUCGGGGGGGCUGGGGCGAAGCAGCGUCUCCUCGGGAACCAGCGAAAUAAAGAGGGAAGAGAAGGAGGACGAGGAGAACACCUCGGUGGCUGAUAACUCAGAAGAGGAGAAGAAGGAGCUGAAACCCUCCCGGAACAGAACAAGGUGCUCUUUGAACAGUCAAGAUGAGGAUGAGGAGGACGAUCUUCUUCCCCCAGAGCAAAAAGCCGAGAGAGAGAGAGAAAGGAGGGUCGCCAAUAAUGCCCGUGAGCGCCUGCGGGUCCGUGACAUCAACGAGGCCUUUAAAGAGCUCGGACGCAUGUGCCAACUCCACCUAAACAGCGAAAAACCGCAGACCAAACUGCUAAUCCUACACCAGGCCGUAUCAGUCAUACUGAACCUGGAGCAACAAGUUAGAGAGCGCAAUCUGAACCCUAAAGCCGCCUGCUUGAAGCGUCGGGAAGAGGAGAAAGUGUCCGGAGUGGUAGGAGAUCCCCAGAUGACACUUUCAGCUUCACAUCCUGGUCUAGGAGAUGGUCACAACCCUGUCGGACACAUGUAAAGGUCGUUUCGUUCCUCCGGACACAGAGAUCUGUAGGAAGAAAACCCUCGGUGUGACCCACGACCUUCUCGAACCAUAAACUUUAGUACUGCUAAUACUGACACACGUGGACGGAUCCUGGCAUGACGUAAGGGGUGGAAAAAACACUUUGUCGAAAACGAAACAAAAACAAAAAAAAAUUGCCUUAAGUAUAAAGUGCGGAACAGUCAAUACAUAUCACUCAGUUAGGAGGGGGUGGCGUGUUCUCUUGGCUUGUUCACAAGCAGCCAGCAGCAAAAUUGUGCCUAAGCUUAAUAUUUCUUUUUUAAAAAAAAAGAACAUUAGUUAUGAGAUUUUUUAUGUAGAACAAAUAGCAAUGCCUUUUGGUUUUUUUAGCUUCUUUUGCAUAUGUUUUGUAAGCAACGAAAAGAAUUUUUUUUGUAUAAAAAAAAUGUCUUGUACCCCCCGCUUUUCUGCUGCUGUUUCUAUAGUUAACGUUGCAUCUUUAGGAUCAACCAGAAUAUUAAAAUUGUAUUAAGAGAGACUGGAUAUAAAGAGAGGAAUUCUCAGAUUCGGCUCUGAAAGCCACUAAAAGCGAAUGUAGCCACGGCGAGGGGAUAUUUUUCCUCGCCUGGCUUGUACCUUCCAUUAUAAAAACAAACAAACAAACUCAUGUGCUGAAUUCACCAUCUCUUUGCUUUGGCCACUUCUGAUUUGGGAAAAGGAAGUUAAACAGCAAAGCAAGUUAGAGCAGCAUCCCUGGGCGGCGCCGCGGCCGCUUCCCUGCCGGGCCGCAUCCGAGGUCCAUGGAGCCGCUCCCGGCGGAUCCCGGCAGCCGGGGUCCCGCGCGGGAGGCGAGGCGGAGCGCGGCCGGCGCCGGAGCAGCACGCCAGGGCUGAGCGUGGCCACGUCGGCAGGACGAGCCACCGCCGGCGGAAGAGGAACGAGGGACUCGGGGCGCUUUGGGGUGAGCGAAGAAGCAACGCGGCUGCGAGAGGGAACCCAGGUGGGAGCAAAGCGCCCCUUGCCCACGCGCCCCCGGGGCAGAGCGAGCUGAACAAAGAGACCGAACAAAGCUGGAGGGAUGGAGAAGAGGCAGCCGGAGCAACGGCGGCAGACGGAGCCCGGCGACCUCGGAGCGGACGGACCCGCUGCGGGCAGCGAGCGCGGAGCCCGGCCCGGGCGGCGGGACGGGGAGCAGCGGGGCCGGCCGGCUUGCGUGCAUGCUGCCAUCCCGCCAGCUCCGCGCGGCUUCUUCCCGGCGUUCGGAAGCGGCGAGUCGGAAGCAUUUUAUGCCUCGACUUCACGCACCGUCGCAUCUCCAAAGUGUCCUCGGAGGCCACCGCAGCACGCCGCCCUUCUUCCCGCGGAGCCGUGGGGACGCUGGGGGACCCGGCUGCUGGCACCCGCACGCGGGCUCCGCUGCAUCGGCGAGGCAGGCAAGCACCCUCUCCCAGCGAGAUGCUCCUGGAAGCCGAGCGCGGCCGACAUUCCCGUCUCUCCGAGGGCUUCCCGGCGUCGCUCCAGCCAGCUCCCGGUUGCCCGGCUGGCUGAGGACCUGCCUUCCUCGGGAGGAAGACCCUGCCGGCAGCCCGCCGAGGUGCUCGGCGGGGCGGCACUGAGCUCCGGCGCCCGUCCUGCGGUUUGCAACGGGGAUGCGUCCGCCCCGAUUUCGGUUUUGUUUUCUUCCUUCUCCUUCCCCUUCUCCGAAACGGCUUCCAAAACGUGUUGUGCCCAGUCGGCGGCCGGGCUCGGCUCCCGGGAGGCAGCUGAAACCCCGUCUCGGCGGCGACUGUCGCGCUUUCGGACGGGGCCGGCCGCUGCCCGGCUCUGCCGGCGGGGUCUCAUGGGACCACCGCGUGCUGGGGCUGGCCUGGAGGGGACGCGGGGACGGGGACUGCCGUAGGCUCGGGAGCCCCAGCAAAGGGCCGGCGAGCAGGAUUAGGCCCCUUGGCAUUUCCUAGCACCUGUAGGCUUUGGCGUAACCUCCUGGCGCUCCUCUUUGCUCGUAGCUCUGCUUCAAGCUCCAACAAAGCUUGCUGGAAACAUUCAGGAGCCGGUUACAGGACGGGAGAGCCUCUCCCUGUCCCCAGACCCCGCGAGGUCCUGCUGUGGCUCUGGAGGUGUCGGGUGCUCCUGGCUUUUUCUGCCCGCAGCCGCUGCUCCGGCCAUCGCUUCUGCGCGCGGGAGACCCGGCAGCCCAGCAGCCGCCAGCGCGAGUCCCGGGAAAGGUCGCUGCGUCCCCACAGUCCUGCGACGCGAUUUCUGCUCGCCUGUGUCAACAGACGUGUUUCAGCCUAAUUAACUCAUUGGUAAUGACGCUCUUUCCUCCCUUGGGUUCUUCCGCCUGCUUAAGCAUCGGGCAGCGUGAGAUGGAUAAGGGUUUUGGCCGCGUGUGACAGCCUCGUCCGUCGGGCAGCUGCCUUGUAGCAAGAGCCAGGUCCUGCUGGAGCGUCCUGGCUUGCCUUGAGCGUCGGCCACUCCAGCAAGUUCAGUUUGGGACGAUGAAACCCGCAGGGAUGGGGCAGUGCCCUUCGGUAGCCUGCAAGCCAGGUCCAGGCGCUCAAACCAUCCUGAUCUGGGCUCCAGGCUAGAAAGGAGGAGUCGUUCGCUGCCUCGUGCGGUCUGAACGGGGUUGUUUCAUCCCGCGAGCGUUCCUGCACUGUCGGCGAGGCUGCGCUGGGGCUGGGAUGGCUCUCGCUGCCCUGGGCUUUCCGCUGCCCCCGGCCCACGUCCUCCUCCCGGGGGGACCGGGGAAGGGGGGAGCAACGUCCCAACCUUGGCAAGCUUGAAACCAUGCCAAAAGGUUAAAAAGUGCUUCCCCACCACUGUGGUUCUGCAGCGAGAAUUUGAGGAGGUGGCCAAGUUCAGAUGGAUUUAAAGAAAAGAUACUGUAGCCCAGAAAAAUCCUAUAAAAAUCCAGAAACUUUGAACAAAAUUGAAAAUUUGAAGAGAUUUAUGAUUUGAUCAAAAUUUUGUUAAACUCCUUCAUCCCCUCCCAGUGCUGGCCGGUACUUUGCAUGCAGGCAAAGGGGUGCUCUUGGUAAGGCAAGGCCUUUCCCAUCAUCCUUAAACUGCCAGGCAUUGUAGCAGAGAUGGGGGUUUUCAUCUGUAUUUAGGCGAUUUAGGUGUUGUUCUCCUGUUAAUAGCAAAAGUGUUGGCAAAGCAUGAAAUCCCAGCCCGUGUAUCUGGGCAGCCGCGGAGUGUGACGUUGGAUGCAAGUCUGGCAGUUGAUCCUUAAGCACAAACAUUUGGUGCCAGGGUUUGGGAGAGAUUUUGGUUCCUCCAGCAGGACGGGGUGAUGUGGGAGCCUGGACGGCGCACGGCAGCGCUGGGUGCUCCCUGGCAUGCGGUCGGGCUCGCUGUGCAGUCGGGUCCUGCCGCAGACUAGCUGGCAUCUCCGCUAUGCGGGAGCUUAGGGAGCAAUUGCAGAGAGUGGCAAGGAAAAAUGGCUUUGGGCAGCUUUGGCUUUUCUAAAACCGAGCGUAGCGCCCUGUUGCAAUGAAACCCGCUUAGGUCUGCUGGGUGGAGAAGGCUCUGCCGUGGUGCGUGCGCUGCCCAGCGAGAGCUGCCUGCUGGGUUAUCACGGAGGGUGAGGAUUGUCGCGGCCCCGUGCUUUCUUCUGGCGUUCGGUGGUGCAAUCUUACAGAUCACAUUUCUCCCCAAAUCGCUUCUCCUCCUGCCCAUCCAACCCCAAAGGACCAGCUCUGCAGGAGCGACGCUGGGGACGGUUCGGAGUUGUGCCGAGGGCUUGGUCCAGGCAGGCGCAUGCGACUGCUCGGCUGGGCUGCGUUUCUCUUGCCGUCUGUCUUCCCAGGCUGCGAUAGCCGAGUUGCAUCCCGGUUUUUCGGUCCCCGGUGUGCUGCCGCGAUGGGCCGGUUCGUGUGCAAUGGGGUUGGGAGUCAUCCGGAUGUGGAGGUGACUUUUCUCGGCAGGGACAGCACUGAAGUGCUCGUGCCCCUCACCCAACACUGCCUCGAGGAGUGUUUUUUCUGGGGACAAGAGGCUGCAGAUGAAUCUGGGGACAGGCAGCCAGCAGGUUUCAAGAGGAGCUUCCAGCUCGCCCCAGCCCAUGGGACCUUGUAUUUACUGCCUUCUCAGGCGUCCCCCUCCAUCGUGCCAGGGCGCUGUGCAUGCCGCCGGGGCCGGGGAGUGUCUGGAAUCCAGUUUGCUAACAGUAAAAACUGCAGAUUUUAGUUCUUGCUGCCUGUUUUCACCUCCACCAGCUUUCGCCCCUAAGCAAAACAGCUGCAGCCUCCCCGAGACGGCACCUUUACGGUCUAAUGCCGCCUGCGCUCGGCACCGGCGGGAGGUGGUGGCAGUCUGCCUGCUGCUGCUCCCAACCCCGCAGCCGCUGCCAGCGUGCCCCGGGCAGGGAAAUGCCAGCGAGCCCUGGCUUGGCACGCGCUCCCGGCCUGUGACCCGCCAGUCGGACGUAUUCCCAGCCAAGCGGCUGCCUGGCUGGAGCUCAGCUCCGGCUCUUUGCCAAGAUCUCCUCAGGCUGCUCUGCUCCCCUGGUUUUCCAGCUCGCUCCGGUGUCCUAAGGCGGUGCGUCGGCAGGAGGGACGGGACCGGGGUGGCUGGGUCGCUCGUGGCCGAGCUGAGCUGCAGCCUGGGAGCUGGGGCCGGAGCAGUUGUAGGCAGCCAGUUUGCAGGAUUCGGGGCCCUGACGGGGCUGCCGGGAGGUGGCUGCUGCUGCCGCUGGCUCGCGGCACGCGGAGCAGGUCCAGCCCCGUGCAUCCCGCGGCAGGGCGACGGCGCUCCCCCUUCCCUGCGCGGUCUUUGCUCCCGUCGCUCUGGGGCCGGGAGCGCGGCCGCUUCGCGACAGGGGUUUCUGCCCUCCCCAGCUGAGAAAUGCAGAAGCGCGAGUGAAACCUCCCCAGCUGCGACCUCAGUGGAGGGCUUUUCCCCCCGGUCGGUACGGCGGCAACGAGCCGGUUUCCUAGAGCGUGUUGCGCCGGGCGCCCGGCAGCGAUGCUGCGGAGGAGCCGCGGUUGAGCAAGGGCAGAAACGAGCUGGGAUUUCCCCGGGAGUCUGCAAUUUCAGGUUCAGUGCAGAAGCCUCUCCCAAAGGUCCCCUGCGUCUCGCGCGUGGUCCUCGGGGCCCCACGUCCUCGCUGGCGGUGCGUCACAUCCUCCUCUCGGCAGGCAGAGAGGUGACGGGAGCCUUGAGAAACGGGGGGCUUUCAAAACCGCCCGUUCCCCAUCCCCUGCACCCCCAAGGUUUUGCUCCCACGAGGUAGCAGCCGGUUUAAGUCCCAGUGGAGCCCCUGGUCCUCUUGCAGGCCUCGCUGUGCGCCAUGCUGGCAAACUUGGCAGCUCCGGGUUCAGCAAGUGCUGCAGGUGCCUGGGGUUUUAGGAAGGAGCUGAGAGUGGGGAGGUGAAGCAAAGCUUUCCCAAAAUCUGGGAGAGGAAGGCCGGCAGUGCAGGCAGGACCAGGAAAGCCGUGAGCCCCCGAGGUGCUGCGCUGGCUGACCUGGAGCGAGCUGUGGCCACCAGAUUUCCCCCGUUCCUGCUCUGCACCAGCAAUAGGAAGAUGCGCUUUCCAUACGCCGAGCUUGCACAAGGUGUUCGCCCUGUUAAAUCCUAUGCAACCCUCUCUCCUCUCCCCCGUGGCCCUCCAGAUCCCAUGCCUGCCCCUUCCCUCUGCUCUUGUCCCUGACUGCCGAGUCCCUGCUCCCUGCUGCUCUCAGGGUCCAGCCUCACUUCCCAGCAGCUCAAAUAACAUGUCAAGACCUGUGCACCGGAGCCGGGGAAGUUGAGUGACGGGUGAAGCUGCAGCAGCACCACCUCCAACCCGUGUUGCAGGAGCUGGAUGCUGCAGUGGCGGCGGCAAGACCUGGUCCGAGGGUUCUUCCGUGCACGCUUCACCCUGCUGUGCCUUCUGCUCGGUGCUCGGCUGCUCCCCGCCAGCAUCCUUCCUCUCGCACCAUCUCCCCGGGACCCUCUGAAGGAGGAGCUGCAUCCCACCCCGUUGCUGCUGGCUCUGCAGGCUGUAACGCCUGAGCCCGCGCUUGGUUUGAUGUUUCUUCAACCAUCUCGAGCCUGAAGGUGUGUUUUCCUCCCUCCUCUGUGCCCCCAUGUCCUCGGGGUCCAGCUCGCGUCCCUUCACGCGCAGGUUUCUUUGCACAAGGGCAAAGCCAUACCGCCAGCUGCCCGGCGCUGCCCGUCCGCCGGGGUGGACGUGGGAGCGUUUGGGAGACAGAUGCUCUGGGAGACGGAUGCUCCGCCGCUGCCCUCAGCGCCCGUCUCACUGCAGCUCCGGGCCCGGCUCGGCGAGCCCCAGCGCUCCGCAGAGGUUCGAGCCGCGUUUCCUUUGCUCCGUGUUGUCUGCGGGACGCUCGCAUGAGCCGGGCAUGGAGACGGUGUCUAGUUAGGAGGCUGCUGCUGGCCGCAGGGCUCCUCUCUGCUAAAACUUGAGUCCCAUCCUCGGGGGCAGGAGGCAGCGCUGCUUUGGGGCUGCGCAUCAGUAUUUGUUCCGCUUUUGCAUCGCGUCUUGCAGUACCGACCCUGGUCCAGCCAGCAGCCGCCGUGCUGGGAGGAGAGGGGAUAAAACUCCUUCUUGCGCUGUUCAAACCAGGCACGUUGCAGCCACCGGUGCCGGGAGAGCAGAGCGGGGCGACACGGUGGCGGAGGCAGCGCUAGCAAACGGGGCGUCCCGGGCACCUUUUGCCACGAAGCAUCUCCGAGCCCUGGCACCAGGACCCCGGCAGCUCCCGCGGCGGCUCCCGCUCCGGGUGCCGGAUCUGCCCAAAUCCCCUCAAAGCUUUUGAGCAGAGCGCGAAACGCUGGGGCUCGCGGGGAGGGAAGGAGCCGCCGGCAACCCACGUGCCCUUCGGCCAUUCGUAUUUAAUCUGUCGGGAGAGGGGGCCGAGAAAGGCGCCUGGUGAGCCGGGUGCCCCCCCGACGCGCUUCAUCUCGCCGUCUGCGGGAAGCGGCGUUUUCGGGGGACUCCAGCAAGUUUAGCAAACGAAGCGUUCAACUCGGUCGCUCUUUCUAUAUAUUUUUGUAGGACGGGGGGGGCGGGCGAGCGAGCGGAGGGGACAUGCCUGUGGAAGUUGUUUAUUUUUAACCCUGUAGAAGGUUUGGGGUUUUUUUUGUUUGUUUGGGGGUUUUUUUGGCCUUUAAAAAAAUGGUCCUUGCUUUUGAUGUUUAUGCUGCCUACCUGUAAAUCCAGAUGUACUUAAGUGGCUGAAAUCCUUGUUCUUAAAUCAGAUACACAUUAUAGUUUUGAACUAUAUAUAUAGUAAAUAUAUAUAUAUAUAUGCCUAACCCAGCAAAAAAAUAAAAAAAUAAAGUAUUUGGGGGUGGGGAAAUGCGUUGUUCUUUGAAAUGAAUCACAAUUGGGGGAUAAAAUUGUGUUUCCGAGUGCCUCAAGAUAUGAAUUGUUUUCAUUUUUUUAAAUAAUUUUAUACAAGUGUCAAAACAGCUGGCUGGAUUAUUUGGAAUUUUUAAAUAAUCCUAACUUUUUUAAAGUAGAUUUUGAGAACUGUCCUGUAUAUAACAGUAAUGUAGCAAUAAAUGUGACAUUUUAUAACAAUA